AUGCACUAUGACGUCACGCGGGGGAAUGGCGCCCGCACCAAACGUCCCCCCGCCGCCGGCGGCCGCCCUCGCGAGGAGGCCGCCCGAGAGCAGAGCGCGCCCGCCGCCAAGCCUCGCGAGAGCGGCCGCGGCGCCUCUCUCCCCCCCUGGGCCGGGGGCGGCGGGGAGGGGGCCGGACUACAACUCCCGUGGUGCCGCGCGGCGGGCGGACGGGGCGUCUCCCCAGGGACGCGAAGGGCGCUGCCGGGGCGGGGUCGCCGGGGUCGCUUGGUACCCGUUGGCGCCGUCCCGCGCCCUGCGUCGCGGCUCUUCUCGGGGGCCCCUUCCUCGCCCGCCCGCCCGCCGGGCGCCACUCGCUGCGCUCCCAGCGCAGCCGAAAAUCGGGGCCCGGCCCUUCCCCGCUGCGCGAUCUCCUCGCCGGCGCCUACUCACUGCUCGGGGUUCGGCGGUUGGUCCGGGCGUUCCGGGCGGGCGGCCGCCCCGGGCUGCGGGUGCCUGCGGGGCUCCCGCCUGCGUCCUCCCGGUUCCUCUAGCCGUGUCGAAAUUUGGCACGGGAGCCCCCGCCGAGGAGGUGUGGGUUCAGGAGGAGCCGGUGGCUGCGGGGCUCCUGUCGGAGCGGGGAGAAACCCUCCGUUCUGUUGCAGGAUAAACAAAGGAGUUGGUGAAAGCUGGGUUGGAUUUGACCCAUUAAUCUCUGUACAUGUGCAGAGUAGAUACCAGAAGGUCUGGGGAAGCCAGGCUGCAAAAUACUGCACAAUAAUGCUUGAAACGCAAUUGUUUUCCUACUCUUCUAAGGACACUGAUGAACCACCUCAAGAUGAAUGGACCACCACAAGGCAGCGGAGCUGUGCGUUUGUAAAUACUCCAUUACCAUGUAUUAAUAAAGCCAUUCAUCACAUUCAAGACUUGGAAGUAAAGAUGGGGAAAUACUUUCAACAGUAUGACCGUGUGUUUAAGGAGGAGAAAAAGCUGUGGAUAACAGAACAAGUCAGUGUUGAAUCUAAUGAAGAUACCUGGUUAUCAUUAUCAACUAGUUUGGAUUUUCAAGAUGCUAAUGUUUCUCGUGAAGACAGCAAGACGUUAACCUUGAAGCAGGAAAUAGCAGCUUUGCUACUGGAAGUUACUAAGCUAAUUAAGCGAUUGGAGGCUGAUCGUAUGGAGGCAGAAAAAGCUUUGGAGCGGGAGAGACAGCGAAGGAAAAAGCUUGGCAUGGAAAUUGAUAGUAUGUCACUUUGGAGGCUUCAGCACUUCCCUGCUGCUGUGCAAAAAGGUAUAUCUCUAACAGAAUAUGAAACAUGCGCUCGAGAUACCUUAGAGCUACAAUGGCAUUUGGAUUGCAAAAGCCGUCAGCUGCGACAGGUACAAAACCAAAUACUUAAGAUAGAAGCAGUUAGCAGAAGGAUUCAGGAGGAUGUAGACUUCAUGAAGAAACACAGCCCUCUGCUGGAAGAAAAGUUGAAUCUGGAGGGUGAAGCUGUGAGGGAUGUGUUACUGGCUUAUGAAAAGGCAUCCAGAAUAUAUUCUGAUGUUCAUUCUGAGCUCAUGAAAAUUCAAAAGACAAUGGAAAGAAUUGAUGAGGAAGCUAAAAAGAAGAUAAAAUCUAUGUAUGAGAAAAUUAAAUGUGCUGAGGUGCUACUAAGUCAAUACAAGAAUGAGUUAAAGCAUUCUGAAUUUAUUUGGACCGAAUACUGUAUGAAGUUAAAAAAAACAGAGGAGAAGAUUAUAAAGGAUGAAAAACACCUUGAGGAGUUAGUGAAGCAAAAAGCAGAAAUCCAGGAAGAUGCAAAAUGUUGGAACAGCAAAGUAGAAGAUUUGAAUAAUAAAAUAACUGCACAAGCUGAUGAGAACAUAGAAAUAUCAGAUGAUUGUUCUGACUUGGUUAAAGCUAUGGAAGAAUUGAAAUCCACCAGGGAAACUGAUUUACAAAGUAGAAAGCAAAAGCUUCUCAAAAUCAAUGAAGCACUGGACAUUUUGAAACGUGAAAAUGAAGGAAUCCAAGGAGAAAGUGAAGAGUUUUUGCAAAAACUUGGAAAUUGUUCAAGAGCAAAGGAGGCAUAUCAGUCAGAAGUCAAAACUCUCAGCAAAAGCAUAGAGGAGUCUGAAGAUCAAAUAAAACAACUAAAUGAAGAGCUUUGUAAAGCUGAAUUAUCUUAUAAUGAAAAAAAAGCAAAGUAUGAAGAAAUCCAAGAAGAAAUAACUGCAGAAAAGAUGACUAACAAGAAUCUGGAGUUGAAUCUUAUAAAAGAAAUUCAAGAUGCAAAAGAAAUUUGCAAAGUGAUUCAGGCCAGGAUUAAAGACAUAUAUGAUGAGCUAGAGAAAAAGCAAAGAGAGAAACUAAAGAAGAGAGAAGAAGAUAUGAAGAGGAUAGAAGAGCUAGAGAGACACAUAGCUCAUCUAGAAGCAAAUUUUAAAAGAAAUGAAGAUCUAUUUAAUGAAAACCAUAAGAAACUCUCCUACUUAAAUCAGAGAGCACAAGAGCUAGAUAAAAAGCAGAAGCAAACAGAACAACAGCUGAAGCAAAAAAGAAAUAUUCUGCAACAUCAGUUAAAUGCUAUACAGGAAAAACAAUCAUUUUUUUCUAGUCAAAUUGAUGAAAACUGUCUCACUGUGGAAAAUUUAAAAAAUGAACUUAAGGAACUCGCUGAAUUAUGGAAUAUGAAGCAAACACAGAUGGAAGGUGCAGAAAAACUGUUAAUCGAUUUACGGAAAAAUCUAAGUGGUGUGAUGUUUAAGCAGCAAAAUGUCCAGACAGUAUUUAAUCAUUUCCAAGAUGAUCUAGCAGAAUAUGAAAAAAGGUUAAAGCAGGAAGCAAAAGUAUGUGGAGAGUUACUACAGACAAGAAAGAAAGAUCUGAAAAAUUCGGAAGCCAAUCUGGAGCAAAUUAUUAGAGAAAAUCUGUUGCUAGCUAAGGAAUAUCAAAUGUCUCAGAAAUGCUACCUAAACUGUAAAGAAAGUCUCACACAACUCUACGACAGUAGAAUCAAGGUGGAAGAUUCAUUUAGAGAUCAUCAGCAGCUGUGGGUGCUGCAGAGCAGGAUGCGCCGGGCGCUGGCGGCGUACCUGAGGCUGCGCGGGCUCCAUGGCCAGGCUGGGCUGGCGAGGAUCCAGGCGGCCUCUCAGGAGAACGCUCAGAAAAUAUUAGCUGUGCAGAGGGAGUUGUCAAGAGCAAUCCAGCACAUCACUGCUUUCUUGCAUUCUUUGACAGAUGGCUCGGCUACUAUAGACAACAAUGCAAACAACCAGUGUAUCUUGGAUGGUGAAACAAAAGACAAGAAAAGUCACACAGUUCAGAUAACAGUGUAA